ACCCUAGACGACCUCCCUGGCAGACGACAUUGAGUUCCAACGAAGAGGACUUCCGACCAAGUCAAAUGCUUCUUCAGUUCCCCCAGUACACCAAGAUGAAAUCAAUGAAAAAACAAAGAAGAGCCAAAUUUUUACAAAAAAUUAGAUCGAAGGAUUUCUAUCAUUCUCCUUACUCAGUAGAUUUUACAGAUGAUUCCAGAAAUGAAUUCCAUUCUGUGCCUUCACAGUUCCUCGAUGAAGGUUUAGAUCAGAAAGAUAGGUUCAAGGUGUUGCCACCAGUCAGAGACAAUACGCACAGUACUGCAGUAGGCGCCAUGUACAAACUACAACCCUCAGUAGAAGAGAACAUGUACACAGUACAAUCCUCAGUAGAAGAGAACAUGCACACAGUACAACCCUCAACAGAAGAGAACAUAUACAGAGUACAACCCUCAGUAGAAAAUAACAUGUUCACAGUACAACCCUUACCAGAAGAAAACAUGUACAAACCCUCCAAAGAACAUACCAAAAAGUACGCAGCACCCACAUCAAUUCAAGAUAUUAUUAUGUACAGAGAAGAACCUACUUCUAGAGAUAUGUAUACAGUACACAAAGCUCCAAGAGACAUGUUCACAAAACCAGCUGGUGUAAAAGAGUUCCACAGCAGUGCAAGGGAUGAUCUUUUUAUUCCUUCGGCUAAGCUUUCUUUUAACAAGUUUGCAACCUGGGCCCCUCUUCUGUCAUCCUCACAUUUUUUAGAAGAAAACAAUAUCUUUUUUCAAAUAAAAUAGUUUUAUUUUAAUUAAUAAAUUUUAUCGAUUCAUA